UUUUCCUAACGUCAACGUUAAAAGGAAGUAGCCGAUUAGCAUGCUAGGCGUGUUUCAGCUCCUCCGCCCUUAAUAGUGAUAUUAUCUUUCGGGUGCCUUCUAAAUGUCCGUGUCCGCCAAACCUCGUCAUUUUAUCUCUAUUAAAGGUGUUCCCACUAUUUUGUAAACAUUCCGCCGAAAAAGAGAAGACGGUUUAACCCUUUUACUGAGAAUUUCUCUCAGCAGCUUGUGACUCUUGAGACCUGCGCGGGAGCGUGUGUGUGCCAGGAGCGGUCGGACUUCAACGCUGAGCCCCCUUGGGACCCUAGCUGAUAACAGGAGGGGUCUGGCUUUUGACCUUUCUCUUGGAUAUCACUAGGACCCAGGAGCUGUGAGGGCUUUGCUAUAUAGGUGACCUGCUUUAUGACUCUGUUGUCUCGGGCUUGUGGAUAAGGAUGAAAGCGAUGCUGGAUGAAUUGCUCUGUUCUGUCGAGCUGCUUGAAGGAGACACUGCUAUCCUUGAUGUGAUCAACAAACACAUAUCUGACCAAACUCAAGCACAAAAGAGUGCAUUCUUCGUAGCGGAUCUGGGUGCCGUCCUUUGGCAGCAGGUCCGAUGGAAAUCUCACAUGGACCAGGUUCGACCUUUCUACGAUGUGAAGUGUAACAGCAGUGCUGUGGUGGUUGAGAUCCUGGCUGCACUGGGAACUGGCUUUGUUUGCUCCAACAAGCACCAUUUGGAGUUGGUGAAGAACUUUGGAGUUCCAGCUCAAGAUGUCAUCCUGGGUGGAGCCUGUAAGCAACUCUCGCUUAUCAAAUAUGCUGCUAAAAAUGGCGUCCAGCUGCUGGUGUGUGACAACGAGGCUGAAAUGAGGAAGAUCGCUCGCUGCCACCCAAAUGCAAAGUUGCUGCUGCAGGUGUACAUGGCAGGCUGCUGUGAGCACGGUGAGACUGCCAUGCCCUUCGGCUGCACGCUGAAGGACUGCAGGCACCUACUGGAGUGCGCAAAGGAGCUUGGCGUAAACAUAACCGGCGUCAAGUUUCAUAUCCCCAGCUGUUGCGCAGAGCCUGAGGCUUUUACUCAUGCUGUUUCAGAUGCACGCUGUGUGUUUGACAUGGGGGCUGAACUUGGAUUCGCUAUGAGUAUUCUGGACAUUGGUGGAGGCUUCGAUGGAGUUGAGGCUCAAUUAGAAAAGGUGAACAGAGCAUUGAAGCCCAUGCUGGAUGCAUACUUCCCUCAGUCGACGGGUGUGUCCGUCAUCGCCGAACCUGGAGCCUACUAUGUGUCUGCUGCUUUCUCACUUGCUGUGAGCGUCAUCUCAAAGAAAAUGGCAGCUCAGAAUGCCAAUCAUCACGCACAAAAUACACUGUCUGGAAACAAUGAGCCGGAGUUCACAUACUGUCUGAAUGACACUGUGUUUGGCUCCUUUGCCUAUAAACUAUUAGAUGAGUCUGAUCCUGUUCCAUCUCUACUCAAGGAAAUGUCCGCCGAGGAGCCGCUUUUCACCAGCAGUCUGCGUGGUUGCUCCAACGAUGGUCUGGACCAGGUGCUUGAGUCCUGUCUUCUCCCAGAGCUCAGUGUUGGAGACUGGCUGGUGUUUAACCACACCGGAGCCAACAGUCUCGGAGUGAUGGGAGAACCGCCGCCGCCCGUACACUACAUCAUCUCUGCACAAGACUGGUACGAGAUUCAAAACUACGGCAUAAUACUGGACACAGCCCUGAAGAACUUCUCUCUGGUCCCAUGCUUUCAGAAGCCCAGUCUGAGCGAGAGUGCCAUCUCUACUCCGGCUUAGCAAAACCGCUCUGGGGCUGCAGCAGCCCCGCUGGCCAAUUUAAUUUAAAAAAAAAACGUUCUGGACUCUUAUGGGACCAGAAUACAAUGAACAAGGUUUCAGAGAGGUUAUUGGAUGAAGAGGAAAAGCAUUUAUGGUCAUGUAUAUUGUUGGGAUUGGGUUUAGUCAUUUGCGGGAUUGAUUGUUAGCGCUGUUUACAAACCUGCUAGAGUAUUUAAUUCAGUUUUAUAAAUAUACAAAUAUACAAACAGGCAUAUAUGUGAUAAUAUUUUCCUCUGAGAUAAAGUUGGGUUUUAUUUAUUGAAAUUCAAAGCCUUAUAAUUUUUUAAGAGCCAUGUAUUUUCUGAUGCUGGUGUUUCGAGGAGCCAGCAGGUGGCAGUGCAGCUCUGCGAUCCGAUAUUCUUAAAAUUAUUUGGGUCCAACUCUAUGUUCUGAUAGUGCUCUUUAUGCACAAGUUAUGAUUCUUUCCCCUUAGAAGAUUUUCUUGUCGGCAUCUUAAGAAAUGUUCAGCUAUUAGACGGCUCUCUAAGGAACGUGAGACUGUAAAACACCUAGAAAGCAUUAGAGCUGACAAAGCUGACGUAAUCCUCUACAUAUCUCCAUCUUCACAAGAACAUUGUUGUAGUUGUCAGGGCAAUAUUGUAGUGGGUCAAAAGCAAUAUUGGACCACAGAUGGUUCCUAUCCGUGAAGAUUUAGGGCCUUGGAGAGUUCCUAAAGAUACUGUGAAAAUGAAUUGCUACAAAGGUUUAAUUGUAAUGGAACUGCAAUAUUGAACACAAUUGCAUGGCUUCAAUUUAGCAGGAUAACAAAGCAGAUAAAUUGCCCCUCAUCGUCCUGUUUUUUUAUGUGAAGCUUCUAGGCAUGUGCUGAUGUUCAUAUCACAAUCAUCACUCAAAACCAUAUUUGUGUGUAGUGAAGACUCCAUUCUUAAAUGCAGUUGGACAAAAAAAAUGUAAAGUAGGCCCGAUGUCCCACGUUUGUUCUUUACACCCAGAUCAUAUUAAAAGUCUGUCUUUUAUUUAUCAAAUCUGCAGAACCAACAACAUGGGGCACCAGUAGAAAUUGAAUUAUGCAGUUCCUCACCGUCCCACUGUUUGGUGUUUAAAUGGAAUUACAGCUGGCACUGAGAAGUUUAAAGACCUCAUGUCCAUCAGUGCCUGUGAACCAUGAGGGAUGGAAAUAGUUUUCCUGGGGGAAAAAAAUCAAUGUUGCUGUUUCUGCUGGUUGGAAUCAGUGUUUAUUUAUUGCUUAUGCUUGCAGGUCAUGUCCAGUGUUGACUAAUUCUUGGUCAUUUUAUCAAGGUAAAUAUCGCUACCAAACUCAGACGUGCUUAUAGCUGGAAUAACAGGGCAUGUUAUUAAAACUGCACUGCAUCAAUCUUUCAGAACAUGGGAGUUUAUAUUUGUCCAAAGAAGAUACUCAUUAAGCUGUUCUCAUGUAAUUAGCUUCUUUAAGAAUGAAACGCAGUCAAAGAGACGACAUUUUGUGCAUUUUGUUCAUGCACGUUACAUAUCGAGACGUGGCCUAUUAUCCGCACAUGCCUAGAAGCUUUUGGUUGUAUGUUGACUAUAUAUGUAUAUGUCGUCGGGUGUGCUUAAGAAAGUGCUAUAUGGUUUCUGUAAGUGCUGUUGGUCGGGAUGGACAAGCUUCCCAGUUUACCUGAAACAAAGUUGAGUCAUUUUGAAUGAGAUGAAUUCAAUCCCUCAGACGGAAAAUGUAACAUCUUGUUAUGUUCGGCAAAACGCCGUCAAUAAAUGAUUGUGCUUAAA